AUGGCGGCGGAGGAGGAGGAGGCCGACGUGGAGUGGGUGGUGGACAGCAUCGCCGGGUUCCUGCGCGGGCCCGCCUGGUCCGUCCCGGUGCUGGAGUUCAUGGAGCAGAAGUGCGAGGUUUUUGAUGAUGAAGAAGAAAGCAAGUUGUCUUACACAGAAAUUUAUCAGGAAUACCAAGUGCUGGUUGAAAAAUUAUUAGAAGGCUAUCUUACAGAAGUUGGCAUUACUGAAGAGAAAUUUCAAGAAGCUUUUUCAUCUCCUCUUGCAAAGACUCACACUUCACAGGCCAUUUUGCAAACAGUAUUGGCAGCAGAAGACUUUAGACUAUUUAAAAAAAUGAUGGUACAGAAAAAUAUUGAAAUGCAACUGCAAGCCAUUAGAGUCAUGAAAGAAAGAAAUGGUGUGCUGCCUGACUGUUUGACAGAGGGUUCUGAUGUAUUCAGUGAAAUUGAACAAGAAGAAAUGAAAAUACUCAGGGAGGUUCUAAGGAAAUCUAAGGAAGAAUAUGAAAUAGAGCAAGAAAGGAGAAGGACGGAAGAAGCAGAUGCUAAAUGCAAAUCACCAGAUGUGACCACUUUUCCAGGAGAUUCGAGAAAAACUGUAAAAGUUAAGGAGUCUGCUGAGGGAGCUGAUGGUUCUGAAGAAACUCCAAAGUUAUCAUUAGAGGAACCUCGGAAAUCUGCGAGGGCGGACUUGAAACCAGCCCACCCCUUACAGAAGGGAGCAGAGAGCUUCCCUCAGCCAGCCCACGGCAGAGAGGACGUGAAGAAAAGAGCAUCUGGAAAACGUGCAGACAGUGCAGCACAGCAGGCUGGGACAGAAGGACAUAAUACUUCAGAACCUGAAGAACAGCAGCUGAAACAACGGGAGGAAUACCUUAAGAAAAAACGGGAUAUGCUGCUUGCUGCAAAGAAAGAGUCAAGAAACAACAUCAUACCACCCCCAACCACAGACCAGAAGGAGGAGGAAUCACCUCCUAAAGAGGAAGUUUCAGAAGAGAAGCAAAAAUUACUGCAGAAGAGGAAAGUGCUGGCAGAAAAACUAAAAGAAGAAGUUAUUAAUAAGCGGUAAUGGUGGGAACCUCGUUGCAGAUCUCAAGAACAUAGGCAGCUUUUAGAAUAAAUGAUAUAACCAAUAACGGAACGGAUUUAUUUUCAAGUAUCUUACACUUGUUUUUAUAGAACUUUCAGACAAGUCAUUCAGUGCUUUGUAUAAAAUAUUUGAAUUUAUGCUGAAAUAACACUGCAAACAGAUUGUCCAGAAUGCUGGAAACUCCCUGGAACGCACUCAACAGUGAAGCAGUUCAACAGCCUCAGCCACUCAAAAAUACAACAGCAGCAAAUAUUUAUCUGUGAAAAUAACACCUUCAAAUGUGAACAAAUGGAUUUGAAUAACUUAAAACUUUUUUUCUAAAGAUUAUAGAACCCGGUUCUCUUCAUUAGAAUAUCAGAAAUAAAUUACUGUUCUGGGCUGUAA